UGCAUUCGAACAGUUUCGAUCGUAGCGUGCCGUGGUGGAGUCGUUGUGUUUCUGCAUUUCCUCCAGGAGUGCACAAUUGAAGCAUUUUAUUUCUUGUUGGCAUUCGUGCCUUGAAAACGAAAUCUAGCUCAGUUUAAGUGCCACCUUCGAUCGUUGAAGAAGCGAAACACGCUUUAUUGAAUUUUUUCCUCCUUUUUCUACCUUCCCCCGGGAGGAUUCAUCGAUACUCGAAUUGACUGGAAACGCGAGACGGAAAAACAACAUAGUGGUUUGAGGAUUAUGCUGACUUAACGGCGUGGCGACGCGACGCGACAAAUGAAAGGAGCAAACGAACGAGAGAGAGUAAACAUAAUCAGUGCAGGCUAAAUGCAUUUCCGAUAAACGCCUGGUCUAGUGUUGUUGUUGUGAAGUUUUUUAGGAGGGGGGUAAUGUGGUUUGUAAUCGAAGCAGGUCUUUGCUACUUUACUAGGUAGAAAGCACCCCGGGAUUGUGUGUGUAAAAAGUUGGAAACCACGUGGUAAAAGAAAUUUUCGAAGCUGGUGAGCCGCGUGUGGAUUCGCGUGUUGAACGAUAAAACUUGUUGAAGGUGCAUUUUCUUGGAUUCGUUCCGGAUUUGCAAAGAAAAAAAACCCUUUCAAUUGUUGCUGUUGGUGGAAAAAGCAACGAAAAACAAGAACAAAAUGGGAAGCACGGUGAAGCUAGACCACCAGAAUUCCUCCCGGAGGAUUUUGAGCAACCAGAGCAGCAACGAUUCGGUCGAGAUGCAGAAAAGAAGCUGUGGAUUGUCAGAGCGCAGCAUUGCGAUUCUGUUUACACUCGUGGCAUCCCUCGGUCACGUUUCAGUCGGCACAAUGGUGGCCUGGAGCUGCAACGCUUUCUCCAAACUGCACGACAUCGAGAUGGAAAAACGGCUCCAACUGCUAGAACUGGAAGAAACGGAAGAGCUUUCGGAACAUCAGCGUCGCUCCCUGACGGCAACACCGGCCCUGGCCGCGGCCAUCUGUGCCCUGGUUGUUUACAAAGUGUACCAUCGGGUGGGGACGAAAAUGUUCAUGCUAACCGCGGCCACUCUGAUGAUUGUGGCCAACUUCCUGCUGACUUUUGGGAAUUACUUUUGGCAGCUGAGUGUGGGUCGAGCGUUGGCGGGAGUGGCUGCCGGAAUAAUCACAACCCUGGUUCCACUGUACGUCGAUGAGUUCGGCUCCAAGCAGUACAAACCGCUGCUGGAUUCCAUUCUGUACGUUCAAUUCGGCCUCGGAAUCCUGGUUCAGCUAAUGUCAGACUUGAUUCCGUUCACCCAGCUAUCCAGUAUGGUGAGUUCCACCUUCCCGAUCUUUCUGUUUAUCGGAUUUUUGUUCCUGCCGGAGUCGGCACGCUACCUAGCGACCAGUCAGCAAAUUAACCAGGCCAGGGCUGUACUCAAGCGAACCCACAACUGUCACGAUGCGCUGACCAAUCAGCUGAUGGAGAAUAGCUUGAACCACUGGCAGCAGUCCAAGAACCAGGGCGGCGGCCCGAUCGGCCUGUGGGAGGGUCUCAAAAAGUUUCCGAACACCCGGAUCGUUCUUCCGACACUGAUGCUGAUUGUGUUCCAACAGUUGACCGAUGCCGUUCCGAUGAUGUUCUAUCUGAGUCGCAUUCUAUCCCUUGUCGAUGGUCAGUACACCCCGGAAUGGACCGCAAUUACGGUGGCCGCCAUCUUGGUCGGGAGCAUUCCGGUUUACCGAUUGCUGAACAUCAAAAUCGGUGACUACAAGGUACUGAUCUGGAGCUCACUCGUGAUGGCCGCCUCGAUGGCCACUCUCGGAUGGCAUUGCCACGUGCAAGCGCUUCGGAACCAUCCGGAAGCAAAUACCCACCUUCCGCUGGCGUGCUUCGGGGUGUUUAUGUUUAUGUACGGCAUCGGUUUCCAGCGAAUUCCCUGGCGUUGGUUGGACGCCGCCAUCGAGGACGACGCCAAUACGACGGUCCAUGUGCGCACGGUUGCCAAUGCCAUCAGCUGGGCGGCGCUCUAUUUGUCCGUGCGCCUGUUACCCUUCCUCAUUGCCUUCGUCGGAGUUGGGUGCCUGUUUUGGAACCUGACAGUGAUCUGCCUGUUCGCGGUGGCCUUCAUUCUGGUGAGUUUACCCAACAUGGAUCGCGCCAUGCUGCACAGUAAGCCACUGGGUGCGGAUGGCGGCAGUGGUGCCAGUUCUUCGUCGUCCUCGUGCGCGCUGGAAAGGGUGCCAGAUGUAGAGGAAACGGUUUAGAUGAAGUAGAAAUACUUUGAUGGGGAGCCUGCUUAAAUAACAUAGGAAAGACUGACUCUUGAAAGGAGAAACUUUGAGGCAAUAAAUAAGUGGAUUCAAUACGUAGCUGUAAGAAGUAGGAAUAUUGUUUUUAAAAGUGUUGUAAAAAAAACAAACUCAAUAUUAUGACAAUCAAUCCUAACAGUGCACAGUGGUCCAGAUCAAACAUUUAGCGAGACAAAAUUAAUAACACAAAAUCGGUGCGUUUUAGACAAAUCAUUUGUUCUACAAAGUUACUUUAUAUAAUAAGCGCUUUCUUUUUAAAAGAUGAGUUAUUAGGACGUGUCAAUACCGUGGAAAUUCGCGAUACUAAUUUCUUUCGGCGAAUAGAUAGAGUAUAUAAAGGUUCUAGAAAGCUGUAGGUUGUACCAUUUGAAGAAACUUUGCUGAACAUAUCAAAGUCGUGCAAUGAAAUGGUAUCGCUCUAUGAUUUUUUCAAGAUUAAAAGAGUAGGGUGUGUCUAAAAAAACGGUUUUUUGCUCAUAACUUUUUUAAUAGAAGCUUUACAAGUUUGAUGUGUUCUAAACACUUUCUCAACACAACAAAACGCAUCUUUUUUUCGAAGAUUGUGCAUGGCUAUCUUAUUGUCUUUUGGAGCUAGGAGCAUUAUCGUGUAAAAAAUUAUCAAUUUUUGAGCUGCUAUAUCUCAAAUUGGGGCAAACGAAAAAAUCUGCUUUUUGCUGCAUAAACUAGGUUGUAACACGAGUCUGAGAUACAGAAAAAACUGGAGAUGCGUUUUUUGUUUAACUCGAGAUUUUUAAUUUUGAACAUUUUAUAUUUUUAAGUUUUUUUCAAACAAAAAAGCACGUAUAAAAAUUUUGUGUUUUAAUGUUCAUUGAAAUAACAUUCUGUUGGUCGAAUGAGAUUAUUUAUGAUUUAUUUUUUACUUUUCUCAAAUAUUCCCUUUUUUAAUAUUGUAGCUAAAAAUACUUUUUUAUAUAAAAAAAUGCAUAUUCUUUCAACAAUAAUGUUCAAGAUGUUAAAUUCAAACAUUUUUCAAAAUACCGCGCGCAGCUUCAGGUAGUUAAAAUUCUUUGACCAUGAAUUUUAGCUUCUCUACAUUGCCUACAACUGAACUCAAGUCAACUUAAAAAAAGAUUAUAACAAGAACAAAAUGUUUUAUUUCGUAAGUUGAAUUUCAAGUUACGAACACGCCAAGAAUGAUAAUUAAUUCCUAAUGUGUAGGAAGCUUUUAAAAACACCUCCAUGGAUCGUAUGUACGCAUGUAACGGGGAAAAACCAUAACAAUAAUUACUAGGAUUUUACUCAUCGAUAAGUUGUGGUUCGUUCAGCCUUUCCCAGAUGUUUUACUAAUGUAAAAUUUUUGAGAACAUGAGUCGGUCAAAUUGUUAGUUUCUUUUGUAAUCAGCCAUGGUAAAGGUAAGUUCGCUUUUGGUAUUGACAAAGAAAUUCUUGAACAAACAACAUGUUGAACAUGACUUAUUAUCUCAUCUUCCAUAUUCAAACUUCUCUCUGCGUUAACACACGGGUUUCAUUUUUAAAAAGAAAUUUGAUUGGUCUACAUAAUGUAAUUGAAGAGGGAUAGCAAUUGUUCCCUUCUAAAAAGUUCAUCUGACGGUUUUCAAAGUGCUGAGCUUUAGUUAAGUCACUCCGACAAAGAAACGCCAAACCUUCCUCUGGCGCAUACGGAUCUACCGUGGGUUGUACAGACGCUUGCGAUGGUGCAUCUGGUGAUUUUUCCAGAGAGUUGACUUUUCGCCUUACAUUUCAGGUAAUUUUCUUCUUGCGAUUAAAAGUUUGAAAAAACACUGUAUGGAACUUCCAUUUCGGUUAAUCGAAUAUAUAUGUCUAAUAUCAAACUCGCCAAACAUGACAUACUGAAUAGCACGCCUGUGCUUUCUGGGGCCAUUCUCUGCACAAAAGCAGAAAAUUUUCAUCAACUUUUAAAGCCAGUAAAAUAUAGGGUGUUAGAGGAGGUUUUGAUAUUUUUCUUUGAAAAAACUUAAAAAUAUAAAAUGUUCAAAAUUAAAAAUCUCGAGUUAAACAAAAAACGCAUCUCCAGUUUUUUCUGUAUCUAAUACUCGUGUUACAACCUAGUUUAUGCAGCAAAAAGCAGAUUUUUUUGUUUGCCCCAAUUUGAGAUAUAGCAGCUCAAAAAUUGAUAAUUUUUUACACGAUAAUGCUCCUAGCUCCAAAAGACAAUAAGAUAGCCAUGCACAAUCUUGGAGAAAAAGAUGCGUUUUGUUGUGUGAGAAAGUGUUUAGAACACAUCAAACUUGUAGAGCUUCUAUUAAAAAAGUUAUGAGCAAAAAACCGUUUUUUUAGACACGCCCUACUCUUUUAAUCUUGAAAAAAAUCAUAGAGCGAUACCAUUUCAUUGCACGACUUUGAUAUGUUCAGCAAAGUUUCUUCAAAUGGUACAACCUACAGCUUUCUAGAACCUUUAUAUACUCUAUCUAUUCGCCGAAAGAAAUUAGUAUCGCGAAUUUCCACGGUAUUGACACGUCCUAAUAACUCACCUUUUAAAAAGAAAGCGCUUAUGAUAUAAAGUAACUUUGUAGAACAAAUGAUUUGUCUAAAACGCACCGAUUUUGUGUUAUUAAUUUUGUCUCGCUAAAUGUUUGAUCUGGACCACUGUGCAGUGUCAUGAAGUUGGUUUAAAAAGUUCAAUUUAGUAACGGGGAAAUAAAGAACCAAACAUUAUUCUAAGUCGAAGCUAGAUUUAAGGUCGUUUAGGAUAUGCAAUAAAAAUUGAAUAAAUUUGUAGGUA